ACGGGGGCCGGGUUAAUGUAGGGGGAUCUGGGGGCCGGCACGGACGGGAUGGCCGAAGGGCCUGUUUCCGUAACUCCCUCCCCCCGGGGGCAGCGGGGGGGACCUGUUUUUACGCUGAUACCUUUGAUUGGAACUAGUCAGCAGGUUCUGCAUUGCUCUGUCCUCCGGUCCCGUCCCUCCUGCCAGACGCUGCGUCCCCCCCCGCCCUCCGCCGCGAUGCCCCUGAUCGAGAAGGACAAACUGACCGUCCGCGAGAUGCUCCCACAUGAAGAGCCAAUCGUUCGGGAUCUGCUGCAGGAGGCCUCUCGGGAAUGGGAGAACCGCCUGCUGCUGCACGCCCUGACCAGGCCCGCGUCGCUCCUGCUCCUGGCCGCGGCCGGCGGCGCCGCCCGCUUCGCCCUGGGCUCCCUGGCGGCCUCCCUGCUGCUGCCCCCGCUCUGCCUGGCCGCCCUCCUCAAGCUGGGCCUGCGGGCCCGCCGCGGGCUCCGGGGCCGCCUCCGCCCCGGGCGCCUCCUGGUGGCCGUCCACGACGGCGACGACGUCUGCGGCUGCCUGGCCUUCGGGCCCCCCCCGGGGCGCCUGCGGGUCCUGGCGGUGGGGCCUGGCACCGUCGGGCCGGGGUGGGCUCCUGCUGCUGGCGGCCUUCGAGGGGGGCGGCGCGGGAGGCCGGGCACCGGCGGGCGGUGGCCAGGCCCGAGCCCGUCAACGGCCCGGCCCGCGCCCUGCUCGAGAAGCGCGGCUACCGGCCCGCGGGGGGCGCCGGCUUCUUCCCCGCCCUCAGCCUGGAGUACGCCAAGCGUCUCACGUUCCUGCGCCGCGUCUCCUCUCGUCCUCCUAAACCCCGGGGAAUCGGCUCCACGUCUCUUCGAUGACCCCCCACCCCCCGCCGUGUCGCUGGGAUCGAUCGAAGGGAUCUCCUCCGGACGCCGCUCCAUCCCCCCUCAAGUGAAGGGGAGCGGACCCCGACGCCGUGCUUCGUCUGUGGAAACACCCGAGUGUCUCAUCCUGUCGCGACAACACUUUAGCUACUCUCCCACUUUCCUCCGAACUGCCUCCGAUGCCGCUCCAUCCCCCCUCAAGUGA